AUGGCACCCAGCGCGACCCCUGAAACGACUAUUCAGCCCAUACCCGUCAAGUCAACCGAGAUAAAAGAUGUCGACGUUAUGGCUGCCAUGGCUCACAACGGCAAGGCCCUCCCGGGCAUUCCGGUUUUUGAUUCAUACGCCGAAAAGCGUCAGUGGCAGUUAGAGCAUAUGGCCGGCGCAUUCCGUGUCUUUGCUCGCGAGGGAUACGCGGAAGGUAUAUCAGGACAUAUCAGCGUACGAGACCCGGAGUUCGAGGAUCGGUUUUGGAUCAACCCUCUCGCUGUGCAUUUUGGAAUGUUGAAGGCUAGCGAUAUGAUCUGCGUGAACCUAGAUGGUGAGGUUAUCGGCGGUAACACCGAAGGCUCAAUCAACGCUGCUGGCUUCCAGAUCCAUUCUGCAGUGCAUAAAUCACGAAAAGAUGUACACGCCAUCUGCCACACACACUCAGUCCAUGGCCGUGCUUGGUCGGCAUUCGCAAGACCCCUUGAGAUGAUAAAUCAGGAUGUUUGCUAUUUCUAUAAGGCUCAUUCCGUCUACUCGGACUACGGUGGUAUUGCGAACGAGUCGUCGGAGGGAGAGAAGAUUGCUAAAAGUUUGGGAACCGGCAAGGCCUCAAUUUUGAUGAAUCAUGGUCUUCUUACCGUGGGACAGACUGUGGAUGAGGCCGCGUUCCUUUUCUGUCUUAUGGAGCGAAGUUGCAAGGUUCAAUUGUUGGCUGACCGGACUGGAUUUGAGAAGCGAAUCGUGAGCGACGAGGAAGCGGCUUAUAAUUAUAAGAUGGCCUCUACGCCGGAGACUCUAUAUGUGGAGUUCCAACCACAUUACCGAUAUGAAGAAUUCCUGUCAAAGGGUGAUUUCAAGAAUUAG